AUGACAAUACAACAAAGUUCAGUCAGAACUUCCAUGUUUGGGGAGUGGCUGAAGGUGCUCGUGGAGAAUAAUGGGAACAAUCCGGUUACUGCUGGAAAUAUUAAGGACACGUUGCGGAAGAACUUGAUCGAUGAAUUUGAGAAAUUGGGCCAGUGGUUGGUAGACCAGGAAUCUACUGAAAUAGGGAACUACUGCGGAGAGCGCCCGAAGUGGCCGAGGAAUUCCUGGAGGUCCAGCUACAUGAAGGUACUUUGUACUGCUAUAGGCGAAAUAAGAUAUUUCAUCAGUGGAGUAAGGAAGGUUAGGAAAUAUUAUGGCGCAACGGAGGAUAGGGACCCAGAUGUUACUACUCUUACCCCAGCUGAAGCUUAUGCACGUUGUAUUGUUUCCGCCGUGGCUUUAGCCGAAAUCUAUGGUGAUCACUGUAACAUGAAGGAGGCCAUAGAUGAGGUCGAGGGGGCAUUUGAGCAGAAAAUAAGGGGGCAUCUAGAGGGGAAGGAUGGAAAACCGGGCCGUUCGAACCAGUUGGAUGUGUGUGAAGGAAUAAAUGCGACCGACUUAAUGGUCGGCAAAGCAGUUCUGGGCAAUGCAAUCAAACAAUGGACAAAGGAAAAAAGAAAUUUGCGGUACAGUGGGGGUUGGAGGGUAGGAAGGCAGUGGGCAGAAAGGUGGCCACAUGUCUGCAGGCGAGGUAAAGGGGAAGAGGAAGCAAAAAACAAAGCAAAGGAAGAAAAUAAAAACAUUUUAACACCUUUUUUAAAAGUGGGAACUGAUAACUCCAUAGCCACAUCCGGUCAAAAUAAUAUGUCCACUUUGGGGGAUAUACUAAUGAACGACGACAUGAAAUUACCAGAGAACACAUUAGAAAAUGUACUGCAGGUCGUAAUAAAAGAUGGCAAAGUGAACGCGUUAAAAAUAGACGAAGUUGUACAGAAUUUACAGAAUGCGGCACAAGAGGAAAUAAUGGAAGUGCAGAAACUAAAUGAAUUAAAGGAACUUCUACAAAAUAUUACGGAUGAUAAGAAAUGGGAUAAUUUUUCCAAAGACUGCAAUGACGACAUUGGUUCUUCCUGGUCAAAGGACACCGAAGGAGAAAAAACUGCAAAGCAAAAAGCUUGUAAGCUUUUUGCUUCAGGUUUAAAACACAUUUCUGAUAUUAAAAAGGAUAACGGCCAAGACCCUGAUGUACCACUUAGAAAAACUAUGAUGUGCGCAGCACUUAAUCUUUAUGCUGAUCAAUUAAUAAGCAAAGCAACAAAUCAAUGUCCUUUAGAUAAUAAAAAAUUGGAAGAAGCAAUAAAAUACGCUUUUGAAGAAGGUAAUGCCACUAUGAAUGGAAAAUCUAAAUGCACAACUGGUAGUGGAAAUUCUUGUUUUGAAUGCAAGAGGCAAGACAGUAGCACUUUUGGCUCUUGCCAAAUUGGCAAGGAUAAAAAUGACAAAGUAAAGCCCCAAUUGGAGUCAUUGCUCGAAAAAAACGACGAAACCAACCCCAACAACAAGGAAAAAACACUAAACAAAAUAAAUGAAAUAGAAUCUUUCUGUACUCAAGUCCAAUGUGCUAUCAAACAACACUACGCAAAGAAGAACAAUAAAAAAACAGACCCAAAUGGAACAGUGACUUGGAGCGACAUAAACGAAGACGCCAAAGGCGUCUUAAUGACACUCCUAGAACAAAUGACGAAGGAACAGACUAAAGGGGACCUUGCCAAAUAUUGCAAUGACGACAACAAAUGGAGUAAAUUUGGCCAUAAAGGAAAACAUACAAAUAAAGCAGCUUGUUUGCUUUUUGCUGCAGGAUUAAAGAACAUUUAUGUCCGCGGUAAGGGCCAGGUUAAGGGCCCAUCGUUUGGACAAACGAUGGGUUGUUUAUUUCUUAAAGAGUAUGCAAAACAAUUGAAGGACUUGGCAAAUAAGAAGAAAAGAGGAAAUAGUUGGGUACAUCCUCUUUGUGACAUAGAUGAGGGCAUAAAACAUGCUUUCAAACAAAGUAAAGACAUUAUGAGGAGUGUAUUAUCUCAAUGCAACAAUGGUACUGAUGGUACUUCUUGUUUUGAAUGCACAAUUGACAAAGAUUAUAAUAAAUGCUCCAUUGGCACUGACGAAGUAAAGUCUAAAGUUGAAUCAAUCUACCAAGACGAAUCGAAGCAAAACCAAAUGCAACAAACCUUAGAGAAUACAGUCUGUCCCAUCCUUCUUACGGAUCUCCUUACCCCUUUUCUUCCUUUGGCUCCUGUCUCCAUUGGCCUUUCUGCUAUGGCUUAUUACCUUUGGAAGUAUUUUGGUCCUCUUGGUAAAGGAGGAGCACGUUUCAGAAGAUCUCCUGCUGAAAUACGCGGUCCAUCGGUACAGGAACAAGUCCUCGAUCAUGUGGAAGAAGCUGGUCCACAUGAAUAUCGAUUAGUGAAGGAACGAAAACCUCGUUCUGCUCCAACUAGAACGAAACGUUCUGGUCCCGUGAAUCGCCGCACGAUUAUUGAAAUUCAUUUUGAAGUGUUGGACGAAUGUCAAAAAGGGGACACACAAUUGAACCAGAAGGAUUUUCUGGAACUUUUGAUUCAAGAGUUCAUGGGAUCCGAAUUAAUGGAAUCAGAACAGGUUCCUAAGGAAGAAGUUCUUAUGGAAAGUAUUCCAAUGGAACUUCUUCCUAUUGAAGAGGUUCCAAGUUUAGGUUCCGGGUUUAUGGUUUGA